AUUUUUCAGUGCCAUUGGUUUGCUAUGUCAUCCGUUUGCUAUAAUCCAUUUAUCUACUGUUGGUUGAAUAAGCCAUUCAGAAAAGGUGCCAAAUUGAUACUGUCGUACCUGAUGUGCUGGUGCUCUCCAAUGGACCAAUCGUUGUCAGCAGUGACUAGAGGUAGAGCUACAACUACCGCUGUCACCAGUCAUAACAAUCAUCACCGGUUAGUGGGCGACACUAAUAAUACGGUAGACGCCGAUGCCGUCACUCGACAAACCAUUGAACUGAAUAUAAGGACCACUACAACGCCUAUUACAUAA